AUGUCUGCAGCAACAUCUACUCAACCACUGAAUUUUGGACCAGAAUGGCUUCGUGUAUUAUCAACAGGGGAACAUUCCACCUCUCCCACUUCUUCGUCUUCCACAUUGACUGCAACAAAUUCCGCCUUUAAAUUUUCUGCUACAAAAUAUCGCUACUCAAAAGAGGAAAUAUUAUCAUUAAGAAAAAAUGUUACUGAAGCGAUAACAGAGGAAAUUCGAAAUGAAAUAAUUGAAAAUUUGAAAGAUGUUGAGUCUGUUUAUCGACCAACAAUUAUCGAUCCACUCGCACUAACAACACCAACCGCAGAAGAACUACAUCAUUUAAAUUCUGUAACAAGUUUUAUAUCUGGUAGAACAAGGGAUGGGAAUCGUGUAGGAGGAAAUCAACCAAGUGGAAAUGGGGAUGGUGGACAAAGACGAGGAGGAUUACAACCAAAUGGACCACAUAGGGGUGGACAGAGUGGAAGUAGAGGAAGAGGACGUGGUGGUGGACCGAAUGAUGGAUAUUCUAAUCGAGGAGGUAUCACAAAUCCGGAGGAAGGUGAAGGAGAUGUUGGAAAUUCGUAUGGAAAUCGUCCGAAUAACAGUUAUUCUAGACAAAGAUCACAUGAAGAUCGGUAUGUCUAUUUAGUUGAUAUCACCUUUAAAAAAACUCAGUUUCUUAUUUGUUGUAGUGAUCAACCUCAACAGCAACAAACAUUUCGGCGUCCUGGAGGACCUACUGGUGGCUUAAAUCGUCAACAUAGUGAUAAUACUGGUUGGAGACGAUCUCGAGAACAAAAUAAUUUACCGAGAGAAACUCUUGAAGAUGAACAAUCCUGGGAUGAUCAGCAACAACCACAAGAACACGCAGCUAAUAGCACAUCGUGGACAUCUUCGAAUAAUAGAGCAGCUGGUGGAGGAAUGCGCCGACAACAAGAUUUAAGAACAAAAUCAGAUGAAAAAUGGAAUGAUGAUAGAAAUAGUUAUUAUAGUGGAGAUAAUAAUGGAAAUAAUCGAGGUUGGAGAUCCGGUGGCACGACAUCUGAUCGAAGGUUUGAGGAUCGAAAUCCAGAUUCAUCCGAGCGUGAAGGAUCACGACGAAUGCUUCAGAGACCACAACCGAAUGCCAACAGAAGACCGGAUCAACAAGAUCGUAUGCCUGAAUGGAUGGAUGAUGACGAUACAGAUGCUGGAAUGACAUUUGAUAAAGGAACAUUUGUAUCAACAAAAUCUCGAGAUGAAAAACCGUCAACAACAUCUUCAACUGAGAAAAAAUCAACGACAACAGAGAUAACUCAAAAUAAUAACAAUAACAAAGAAACAGCGGAAAAUAAUCUUAAUCGAAAUACACAGCCUGCUAUAGAACAAACUGAAAUAGAGAAAAAAGUGAUUCCGCCAACACCGACUGUUUCCAUACCGUCUACGUCUGAAUCAACAAAAAAUCCACAAUCACACCAGGAGCAACUACAAUCAACAGUUGUUGCAUCAUUAGUCAUUAAUACGCCAAUAACACCAGUUUCAACUGAGAAUGAGAGAAAUAGAAUUACACUGAUAGCCAAUCCAUCUAUCGAAAAUCCUGUUCAGCCAAAACCAAACACAAAUUGGGAUGAUGAUGUCUAUGAACCAGCUGACAUUACGACGAAGGUUGUUGAAGCAACGCUAGCAGAGGAUCAUGAGUAUCUUUCUCCCAGUUAUCUUGCUGAUGUUAAUGUCAAACAAUGGUAUUAUAAAGAUCCUCAGGGUAAUACUCAAGGACCAUUUUCAUCUCAAGAUAUGGAACGAUGGUUUUCGGCCGGCUACUUUACAAUAUUACUGCCGGUUAAACGUCAUAGUGAUAUGCAUUUUACAACUAUUCGUGAUUUAACCGAAAAAUUAGGACAUUUACCAUUUACAAAUAUAAAGGAAACAGUUCCACUUCCAAUCACACAACAACAACCUAUUACCAUUGUUGAACAACAACAACAACAACAACAACAACAACAGCAGCAACAACAAAAUCGUACAUUAUUAGAACGAAUGCAAAAUAAUGUUUCAAGUCAAUCGGGAACAACGUUGAAUACAGCCGUUGCUCAUGCACUCGGCAUCCAACAACAAUCGCAUCAACAAAGACCAUCAUCACAACCACAGAUACCGGACCAAUCACUGUUGUUUAGACAACAAUCAUUAGUGUCAAAUGAAAAUCGUCCCGGUUUGACAUCGCCAUCCAUGUUUUAUUCAUCACAGUCGUCGCCGUCUUUUCAACCAUUUCAACAACCACAGCAUCAAAGCCAAAUGCCAUCCUAUUUAACUCCAACCAAUGUAUCCGAUCCAAAUAUAGCAGCAUCGUCAUCAAUUCCACAGUCAACUAAUUUAUUUCAUCAAAGAAGUUUAUCAACAAUACCAACUCCAGCUAUUUCAAGUAAAUUAUUAUCGCAAAUUCAACAACAACAAGUACAACAGAUACCACAAAACCAAUCUAAUGUUCAAAAUUGGUUACAACAAGUCACUCAUGAACAACAGCCAGGACUGCAAAUGGGUCCUACUGUCGAUUUAUUCUCAGAUAUUCAACGACGUUUAAUUCUUGGUCAGCAGCAACAGAAUUUAUUUUCUUCAGCGGGCUCUUCUCAACAGCAUUCACACCAAACAGCACCAGAUAUUGUUCAACGCUUAGAAGAAGCAAUGAAAAAUCAUGAACAACGUGAAAAAGACAAACAAAAGCGUUUCGAAGAUGAAAAACGACAAAUCGAAGAAGAAAGACAGCAGUUAGCUCAACAAAUGGAAGAAUUCAGAUUAAAACAACAACAAGAGCAAGAAGACGAAAAUAAAAGGUUGCAACAACGAAUAUUGAAAGAAAAAGAAUUGCAACGUCAACAAGAAGAAGAAAUGAUGAAUCGUCAAAAGUACGAAGAAAAUCAACAACAAAAUUUAUUAGUCGAACAUAUGAAAGGCAUGAUGAAACAAUUUGAAGAAAGAAAACAACAGCAAGAACAAAAACCGUCUACUCUGUCGUCAUCCAUCCAGCAGCAACAACAGAAUGUAUCGUUAAAUGCUGUCAAAUCACCAUCACAAAAAGUUCAACAGCCGGCUGUAGCAGCUACAUGGCAAAAUCCACCACUUCCAAUUGCUGCUGUCGACCCAGUGUUAGCCUAUCAACAGUCUUUAGAAUUUCAAAAACAACAACAAGCAAGAAUUGAAGCACAAAAAGUUGAAAAUGUUCGACGCUAUGAGAAACAGUUGCAACAACAGCAGCAGCAACAGCAACAGCAGCAGCAACAGCCUCAUCAACUACAACCACAGUCCGUUCAACAUACACAAUUUA